AUGAAAAUCCCCAACGCAUUUCUAAUCCUAGCUAUCUUCAGAAUAGCCUCUACCAUUACUAUCGCGGCUAAAGUUGACGCUGAUUGCAAAGUUAAGACAGGUCUGGGCCAAGCCCUCAUAGGACAUAGUUUCUCAAGUUUUACUGUGAAAGACUUUCAGGAUUGCUACCAAGAAUGUAAAGCCAAUGAACCAAAAUGUCGUAGUAUGAAUUACAAUGGUGACCACAAACGCUGCGAGCUCAAUAACGCAACUGAGACAUCGCAUCCGCAAGAUUUGAAGGAAGUCCCUAUGUCUGUAUAUUUUGAGAGCCGUCACCGAGGUAAAUGAAACGAAUGUAAAGGAGAUAUGCUGGCGUUUAGGUACCUUGCACAGUAUAAAAACGUUACGAGCUGAAAGACACCUUUACUUUUAUGUUUAAUUUAAACAAUGUGAAUACUUAAUCCACUGGCCUGUGAAACAGUUGAAUUCUAUUGCAAAUUUUUUAAGCGACUUCUGGAAGUUAUCAGCUAGCUAAAAUAGAUUGUAUAUUACGUCGGCAAUCGUAUAGACACUAUUUCAUAUCUUUUCGACGACCACUUAUUUUAGGAAAGAUAAAACUGUGCAGAGUCGUUGUUCGUUAAGGAGAUCAGAGUUUAUUUACAUUUCUCUGAACUGUUACACACUGGAGCAACAGUGAAUUCAAUUUAGUAGUAAAGCAAAAUUUUAUAUUAUAGAUGAUUUUUAAUUUUUUCUGGUCUUCUUCUACCCUUGCUACGAAAAAUUUACAUUUACAUGGGACGCACAAAAAAACACUGAAAUUAAAUAACUGGCUUAAUUCAGGAUAAACGUUUAAGGCUUUCCUUUUUUUUUCAAUUAUUAGUAUCUGCAGGCUCUCAACGUCAUGUCGCUGGUAAAACAUGUCAGGAAAUCUUAUCAAGAGAGGAGUCUGCAAGCGAUGGAUUCUAUUGGCUGAAUUCAAAUGAUACAGAGGAUCCAUAUGUUUCCUUCUGUAACAUGACAAAUGGAGGCGGUAAUGUUUAAAGAAGAUUCAAGCGUUAUAAUUUAGCAAUCUGUUAAGUAAACAAAUUUUCCUUCCAGGAAUUCUUAAAUGAUUAAAAUCAUUCUUCGCAUGUCGAAUAAUUGGCUUUCAAAAGAAAAAAGCCUUGGUCUGAAAGCUGCCAUCAAAAUUUUCACUCCCAAGAUCUAAUUAGUAAUUCUCCUUACUAUCUCCCAUAGAAUUCUUAUGAUGUUAGUUCAGAGAAUUUGGUAUUGGAUCAACUAAUAAUCCCAUAGUUGAUACUCUUCUCUUCUCAUUUAUUGAUAUUGAUAUUGUAUUGAUAUUGUAAGGAGAAAUUCUGUCUUGGUCACUUGUGGUAGUGAAAGGAUUAAGCACUUUGUGUCCUAGAUUGUGGAAGAUACGUUCGCCACAUAUGAUUGAUUUUUGAAAAAAAAAAGAAAAGAAAAGAAAAAACAGACGUUUUUAUCCACUAUGCAUAGCCUAUCAUGCUCCUUCACAGUAAAAAAUUCAGACUGUCAUUUAUACGACAAUAUUCGUAACACUGACUCAAAAUAGUGAAUACGCUCUGCUUAGACCACUUACUUUCUUGUUUCGGGAUCAUACACGAUUACUGCGUUCACCAGGGUCGAAAAAGGCCAACGCUAAUGGUAAUACUUUCUUCGCAGACAUCAGUGCAUCGUAUGACUUGAUAUUUCUGGACCGUAACACAACGAACUUCGUGGAACUGAAUACCUCUUUACCAGACCUCUCCGCCUUCACAGUAUGCUUUUGGUACAGAGCCUGGGCGCGACAGUUGGUUUUUCUGUCCUAUGCCACCAGCAACAUGACCGAUGCUAUUAUGAUGUUUCUUUCUGAAACCGGAUUAUUUCGAUUCUUGGUGCUCAACAAGCAAACGUGAGUAAAUAAUGACUUCCAUUAUUUAAUCAGUAAGACUAUUUUCGGGGAGACACAGUAUCCUUCCCCUUUGUUGGCGACUGAGUAUCAGGUGGAAGGUUUGGGUUAAAAGGUUAGGAUAAUGGUUAGGGUUAGGAUUAGAGAAAAAGCCUUUUUCUUCAUUUAAGGUCAUUUUUUUCUCAUAUAAAACUUCAAAUCUUCUCAAUUUUUUCCUUACGUUGUCGGGAGUCGAAGGUUGGUCAGAAAUCAAAUGCAACACCGAGAAAUCAUCUCAGAAUUUAAAUCUGCCCUCUCAUGCAUCGAAAACUAUUUCUACAGGCACAGUCAUACCGGUACCUAUAAUGAUAGAGUGUGGCAUCAAAUGUGUGGCAAAUGGACGGACAGUGAUGGUUUUGUGCACCUGUUUGUAGACGGAGAGCUUCAGAUACGCGGUGACACAACAAUUCAUGGAGUCAUUCCUGGCACUGGAAAAUUAAUUCUGGGGCAAGAUCAGGAUACUUUUGGAGGUACUUUUGAUAGAGAGCAGAGUUUUGUUGGUGAGAUGAGCCACCUGUAUCUCUGGAACACUGAUUUAGAGGACAGCGUAAUAAAAAGCUUGAGCAUGCACUGCAAAGAGUAUCCGCAUCCAGGUUACAUCUUGAGGUGGUCCGAUUUUUCGACGGGGAUAAACGGCAAUAUUACGAAACGUGACAAUUCGAGAUGUGUUACAAAGCAAGAUGUUUUGCUUUAG